GGUGUCUCCGAAAGGGUAUGUGGACGAUGUGGACUAUAUUUUUUUAAUAUUUUAGCAUAAUCAUUGAAUUUGUGGCCUUGAUUCAAUUAAAGUACCUAAGUAUUGUAGGCACACAACCUAUAUGUGGUGAUAAUUUGGUGAGAACUUGGCCUGGGGGAUUUAUGUAGCCCUGGCCCUUGAGUGAAACGUAAAAGGUCAAGAAACCACUUCAUUGGUAGCAUUGUUUUGUAAACCAAGCUUCACCUACCACAGAUGUGGGAUCCCAAAAUGCUACCAAGGAUCGCUCCGAUGGCGACCUCGGUGGGCGCGGCCGGGUUCGGCGCGGACGUGCGCUCCGGCAUGGCGGCCGGCGGCGGCGGCGGCGGCGGCGACAUCGAGUACGGCAACGAGGCCACCCCGGCCGGAUUCUUCAGCGCCGACUUCAAACGACAUGACGACCUGAAACAGAUGCUGGACUCCAGCAAGGACAACCUCAAGCUGGAGGCCAUGAAGCGCAUCAUCGGGAUGGUGGCCAAGGGUCGGGACGCGUCCGACCUGUUCCCGGCCGUCGUCAAGAACGUUGUCUCGAAGAACAUUGAGGUGAAGAAGCUGGUGUACACGUACCUGGUGCGCUACGCAGAAGAGAAACAGGACCUGGCGCUCCUCUCCAUCUCCACAUUCCAGCGCGCCCUCAAGGACCCGAACCAGCUGAUCCGGGCCAACGCGCUGCGGGUGCUUUCCUCGAUCCGAGUGCCCGUCAUCGUGCCCAUCAUGAUGCUGGCCAUUAACGACUCGGUGGUCGACAUGUCGCCCUACGUGCGCAAAACGGCCGCCCACGCCAUUCCCAAGCUCUACAGCCUGGACCCGGACCAGAAGGAGGAGCUGGUGACGGUCAUUGAGAAGCUGCUGGCUGAUCGCACCACGUUGGUGGUCGGAUCCGCGGUCAUGGCCUUUGAGGAGGUGUGUCCAGAGCGGAUUGAUCUGGUGCACAAGAACUUCCGCAAGCUGUGCAACGUCCUGGUGGACAUCGAGGAGUGGGGCCAGGUGAUCAUCAUCAACAUGCUCACCCACUACGCCAGGACCCAGUUCAUCGACCCCAACCUGCAGGACGGCCCCGGUGACCAGCCGGAGCGGCCGUUCUACGACGACUCGGAGUCGGAGUCGGAGUCGGAGGGCAGCGACGCUGAGGGGCAGAAGCGGAAGCCGUACGUGAUGGACCAGGAUCACGCGCUUCUGCUGAGGAGCACCAAACCGCUCCUGCAGAGCCGGAACGCCGCGGUGGUGAUGGGCGUUGCUCAGCUGUACCAUCACCUGGCCCCCCGCUCGGAGGUCAGCCUCGUGACGAAGGCGAUGAUCCGCCUGCUGCGCUCCCACCGUGAGGUGCAGAGCGUCGUCCUCACCUGCAUCGCUUCCAUGACCACGCAGCGAAAGGGUAUGUUCGACCCGUACCUGAAGAGCUUCUUCGUCCGAUCGUGCGACUCGAGCCAUAUCAAGAUCCUGAAGCUGGAGAUUCUGACCAACCUGGCCACCGAGUCCAGCAUCUCGAUCGUGCUCAGGGAGUUCCAGACGUACAUCGCCAGCCACGACAAGACGUUUGUGGCGGCCACCAUCCAGGCCAUCGGCCGGUGCGCCUCCAACAUUGCCGACGUGACCGACACCUGUCUGCAGGGCCUGGUGGCGCUCCUCUCCAACAGGGACGAGUCUGUGGUGGCCGAGAGCGUGGUAGUGAUCAAGAAGCUCCUUCAGACCCAGCCUGGCGAACACAAGGAGAUUAUCCGCCACAUGGCCAGGCUGGUGGACCACAUCAAGAUCCCGAUGGCGCGCGCCAGCAUCCUGUGGCUGAUCGGCGAGUACUGCGACCGCAUCCCCCGGAUCGCGCCCGACGUCCUCCGCAAAAUGGCCAAAACAUUCAUCAACGAGGAGGACAUUGUGAAGCUGCAGAUCGUGAAUCUGGCCUCGAAGCUGUGUUUGACCAACCCCGAGCAGACGGAGCUACUGGCUCAGUACGUCUACAGCCUGGCGCGCUACGACCCCAGCUACGACCUGCGCGACCGCGUCCGCCUCAUGCGCCACCUGGUGUUCCCGGCCGACGGGCCCAACUCGCGGCUGGGAAAGUACGCCAGACGCAUCUUCAUGGCCACCAAACCGGCGCCCCGCCUGGAGAGCAGCUUCAAAGACCGUGACCAGUUCCAGCUUGGCUCGCUGUCCCACUACAUCAACGCCCGCGCCACCGGCUACCGCGAGCUGGCCAGCUUCCCCGCAGAGGCGCCCGACCCGACGGUGCGCAACAGCGUGGUGCCUCUGCCGGAGCGGCCGCCCGAGCCGGCGCUUCAGCCGACCCGGCAGCGCGGCUUCUACUCGGACUCCUCGUCAGAGGACGAGUCUGAGGACUCUGACAGCGACAGCAGCUCGUCCGGCAGCGGAGAGAGUAGCGGAGAAAGCAGCUCCGGGGAGAGCAGCAGCUCGGAGGACGCUGCACCGGCACGGAACAAGGCGCGGGCGCGCGCACCGCCGCCGACCCGCGGCGUGUCGGCGCUCCGCCCGCCGCAGGCCUCCUCCAGCGAUUCAGACGAGGAGGACUCGGACGAGGAGGGGUCCACCUCCGGGUCCGGGUCCGGGUCCGACUCCGGGUCCGAGUCGGACGGCAGCGCCAGCAGCGCCGCCGCGCCGGCCGCCCCGCCUCCCGCCGCUCCGGCCCCGGCCGGCGGCGGCGGUGGUAACAGCGUGGAUCUGCUGCUGGAGCUCGACUCGGUACCGGCGCCCCUGGGUACAGAGCUGCUGACGCCUUCUCUGGGCGGCCUCCUGAGUCCCGUGGCGGCGUCAGGAGCCGCCCCCGCCACCGCCAAGGCGGAUACUAUCGAGCUGGUGUCGGCGCAGUUCGUGCCCUCCGAGUACCGUGAGCUGGUGAACCCGAUCACGGGCUCGGGUCUGCAGGUGCGCUACCGGUACACGCGCGCGCCGCACCUCUACUCGGCCGCUAUGACCUCCGUGGAGCUGAGCUUCACAAACACCACCCAGCAGGAGAUGACCGACAUACACGUCGGACAGAAGACUCUGACGGCCGGUCUAACUCUGCACGAGUUCGCGCCGGUGUCGCUGCUCGCUCCCGGCGGCACCGUGGGCUCCACGCUGGGGGUCGACUUCCGCGACUCGACGCACGCGGCGCGCUUCGACAUUGUGACGGGCGGCAGCCGCACGGUACCCGUCAGCCUGGCGGCGCCCAUGGGGGAGAUCCUGCGGCCCGUUACCAUGAGUGACGACCUGUUCCAGCGGCGCAGAGCCCAGCUGCGCGGUAUGAACGAGGCCGGCGGCUCUGUGACGCCCGCCUGCUGUCCGACCCCGAGCGACGUCCGGAAACUGGUGCUGGCUGCUGUCAACGUGGCGGCCCUCUCCUCAGACACCGGGGACAACGAGAGACAGCUCAGGUUCGCCGGCCAGACAAUGUCGUCCGGCACGCUGGUGCUCAUCACGGUGGGCCUGCCGGCCGCCGACGCCGGAGACGGGGCCGCCGUCACCGUCACCGUCAACUGCGAGAAGAUGGUGGUGGGCAACAUGCUGCUCAAGGAGCUGAAGACCCAGCUGCUGAGAUAGACCGACCGUACGGCGGGCACGGAGCACGGUCCGGUCAGUCAGAGGCGAACGGCCUGUCAGCUGGUCAGUCUCUUAGUAAAUCAGUCCACCAGUCUGUCAAUCAGUCUGUCCGGUAGUCUAUCCGUCAGGAACAGCCAGGCCGAGACAAGAGGCCCGUACAGUGGACUCGGGCUGCCCUGCUCGUGUGCUGUACCAGGCAGACCCCCGCGGAUUGAGGGGCUGUCUGGCUGCCGUGAAGGGCUGACGACUAUCGUGAGGGCUGAUAGGCUGCCGUCAGUGACUGACGGGCAGAUCUGUCCGUCUGUAGUGUCGAUGUGCCUCCCUCCCUUUUAACUCCUGAGGCUCAGAAGACUGGUGGCUGGAGUAACUGCUUCGUUUCCACGUGCUCUAUACUUGUAUCUGAGGAACAAUCUCCCUUGUGCUUUUUCUAUAAUGGGGCUUCAAACUACAUUCUAUUUUCCUAUUGCAUUGAGCUGGUGCUUACCAACUAUAAAUUAUCUGUUUACUGUUAUUAAGUAUUUCGCGUGUCCAUGUGGGAACGAGAAGAGGGCCGGGCCCAUGUCUGGCAGUGUUGAAUGGUGCGUGGUGUCCAGUAGUUAGUAGCCAUUCUAGUCACUGGACGCACCAGUCGAUUUCAGUCGUGUGCGAGGGAGCUUUAGUAGGCCUCCAGUGGGAUAGGGGACGCCUCCCGUUCAACACAUUCCUGUGCCAGCCUAGAAGUCCAUUAUACUAGGACGACUCUGUUAUUGGGAUAUUCGAUAUCCCAAUCAUCGGGCAUAUAUCGUUAUUUUGGGAAAUAUAUGUGCGCAUGCU